ACAAAACACAAACACAAGAAUUACAACAUGUCCAAAACUCUCAAUGCCCACCUCUCUCUCUCUCUCCUCCAACCACAAAAAAAAGAGAACCCAAAAAAGCAAAAACCCAUUUGUCUCUCUCUUUCUCUAGAAGCUGUCAGAGAUAGAUGGCAGUGCAGUGGGUUCUGGUGUGUCACGGCCUGAUCACACUCUUGGUUUUGGUUUCAUUUCUGUGCGGGCAGUGGCCCAUCUUUCAGGGGACUUUCAUCGAACGCAUUCACGUCUUUCUUACCUUCGGUGCCUACGAUUACUUCCUGCGGUUUGUUGGGGCUGUGUUUGGGUCCAAAGGGACUAAUGCGAUUCUAUCCGUUGAGUAUUUCUGCUGUGACCGACCCAAUCCUAUUUUACAGAUCAUAUAUCUUGCAAUACUUGGAGGAACCUAUUACUUUGUUGCAAAGUCUUCCUUCGGCUAUAUUCCUGGCUAUUAUCUAAGUGGAGUGCACAGGUAUACAAGCUUGUUGGCUGUUGGUAUAGGCGUACUACUCUUUCUAUUGACUAGCUUUUCUGAUCCAGGAACGGUGAAGGCUGAGAAUGUUUCUCAAUAUAUCUCUGCCUAUCCCUAUGAUAAUGUUAUAUAUUCUGAGAAAGAAUGUUCAACUUGCAAAAUACCAAAACCUGCCAGGUCCAAGCACUGCAGCAUUUGUGAUCGCUGUGUUGCUCGCUUUGACCAUCAUUGUGGAUGGAUGAAUAAUUGUAUAGGGGAGAGAAACACUGGCUACUUUAUGGCUUUUCUUUUGUGGCAUUUCCUUCUCUGCAUAUAUGGAGCAGUUACCAUUGGGCUGAUUCUUGCUGGACGAUUAAAAGAAUUAAGAGUUAUAUAUAUUCUAACUGUUUAUUAUGGUGUAGAAAAUUCUUUUUUAAGUUUAGCUCCACAUGUUGUACAGUGGUUGUUGGCCUCCUACAAUACACAAAUACUUCUUAUGGUGUUUCUUGCAAUUGUUUCACUGCUAUUGGCGGGUUUCUUUAGCUAUCAUGCGAAGCUUUGUCUCACAAAUACUACCACAAAUGAGACUUUCAAGUGGCAAGAGUACAUAAGUUGGCAGGGGAAGAUAAAUGAAGCAAAGGCGAGUGCUGCAGCCCUCAAAGCGAGUAUCAAUGGGAUGAGUACUGAAGGAAAGCCUCCAGAAAGCAAAUGGAGAGCCUUCUUUCAAAAAUCCCCAUUGGAAGAUGUGCAGGUUGUUAAAAAUAACAUUUAUGAUAAAGGAUUUUUUCACAAUCUUCAUGAGAUCAUCUUACCCCCCUCAAUGAGAUCCUCAUUUCUGCAAUCUAAAUCAAAGUCGGGCUGAAUUGCCUUUACUCUUUUGCUUGGCUUGGUUUUCUUAAGAUGCUUUGGUGGCUUGGUUAGCCCGUUCCUGAAAUUGCUGAUUUGUAGAUGGCUGGCUAAAGAGCUCAGAGGGAUGAUUGUGAAUGAGAAGCUUUUUUCUGCCUUACUUAUCAUUGGAACUAUAAUCUAUGGCUAUGGUCCAUUGUAUGCAAAAAAUUGAUGGUAGUGAAAUACAGAAAAUCUCAUCAUAAAUUUAAUUAUUGAAAUUCACUGUUAUGUGAUA